ACGGCGCGAAGUAAGCACAUUGUCAACAAAGCAGGGAGGGAAAGAGAGAGAAAGACAGAGAAAUCAUGGCAACAGAUAUUGAUCAGCGCUUGAUUGAUAUUCAGAGAGAGUAUGUUGAUUUCCUUGAUGAUGGGGAAGACCAGGGCAUCUACCAGCAGAAGGUCAGGGACAUGAUCACUGAUGAUAAAUGUAGACUUGUAGUGAACAUCAAUGAUCUCCGAAAGAAAAAUCCUAAAAGGGCACAAAGCUUGCUGAAUGACUCAUUUGAAGAGCUUGUGGCUUUUCAGAAAGCAUUAAAAGAAUUUGUGGCUUCAGCAGACCCAGUAUACAGCAAACAACAUGAGGAAUUUUUCAUUGGAUUCGAGGGAAGCUUCGGUGCAAAACAUGUGACUCCAAGAACAAUGACAUCCAGUUACCUUGGCAACAUGGUCUGUUUGGAAGGAAUAGUCACUAAAUGUUCCUUGAUCCGCCCAAAGGUGGUGAGAAGUGUGCAUUUUUGCCCAGCCACAAAGAAAACGAUGGAGAGACGAUACACUGACUUGACAUCUCUGGAUGCCUUCCCAAGUGCUGCAGCUUACCCUACCAAGGAUGAGGAGGGUAACCUUCUGGAGACGGAGUAUGGAUUGUCAGCUUACAAGGACCACCAGACAUUCAGUAUUCAGGAGAUGCCGGAGAAAGCCCCCGCUGGACAGCUCCCGCGCUCAGUGGACAUCGUAGCCGACAACGAUCUGGUGGACGCUUGUAAGCCAGGGGACAGAGUUCAGGUGAUAGGCAUGUACAGGUGUAUGCCUGGUAAAAGGAAUGGAUUUACAACAGGUACAUUCAGAACUAUUCUGAUUGCUAACAAUAUUCAGCUUUUGAGUAAAGAAGUUACACCAUCGUUUUCUGCAGAAGAUGUUUCCAAGAUCAAAAAGUUUGGUAAACAAAAGAACGUGGAUGUAUUUGAUGUUUUGGGACGAUCCUUGGCACCCUCCAUCCAUGGCCAUGAGUACAUCAAGAAAGCUGUUCUCUGUAUGUUACUGGGAGGAACAGAGAAAGUAUUGGCUAAUGGUUCCAGAAUAAGAGGCGACAUCAAUGUGUUAUUGAUUGGGGAUCCUUCUGUUGCUAAAUCCCAGAUGCUGCGGUAUGUUCUACACACAGCACCGAGAGCCAUACCCACCACUGGAAGAGGCUCCUCGGGGGUCGGUCUCACUGCAGCGGUCACCACUGACCAAGAAACAGGAGAGAGACGUCUUGAAGCAGGAGCCAUGGUUUUGGCUGACAGAGGGGUGGUGUGUAUUGACGAGUUUGAUAAAAUGUCUGACAUUGAUCGUACCGCUAUACAUGAGGUGAUGGAGCAGGGACGAGUCACGAUUGCCAAGGCUGGGAUACAUGCCAAACUGAAUGCCAGAUGUAGUGUGCUGGCUGCCGCUAAUCCUGUCUAUGGAAGAUAUGAUCAGUACAAGACUCCAAUGGAGAACAUAGGUCUUCAAGACUCCUUACUCUCACGUUUUGAUCUUCUAUUCAUUGUCCUUGAUAAGAUGGACCCUGAACAUGACCGUAUGAUUUCUGACCAUGUGUUGAGGAUGCACCAGUACCGUGCCCCUGGGGAGCAGGAUGGAGAGGUACUACCAUUUGGAAGUAAUGUUGAGAUUUUGGCGACAUCUGACCCAAAUGAAGAUCGUGAGGAUACAGAAACACCAAUUUAUGAAAAACAUAACAAGACAUUGCAUGGACCUAGUAAAGGCAAAAAGGAUAAGAUUGUGAGCAUGCCCUUCAUGAGGAAAUACAUACAUGUGGCCAAGGCCCUGAAACCAAACCUGACCCGGGAAGCUGCUGAACACAUAGCAGAGGAGUACGCCAAGCUCCGCAGUCAGGAUAACAUGCAGAAUGACAACAUAGCCAGGACCACGCCUGUGACCGCCCGUACCCUGGAGACAAUGAUUCGAUUGUCCACAGCUCAUGCCAAGUGUAGACUGUCUAAAACAGUGGACUUAGAAGAUGCCCAGGCGGCUAUUGAACUUAUACAGUUUGCUUACUUUAAAAAGGUGUUGGAGAAGAAGAAGAAAAGAAGACACAAUUCUGAGGGGGACACAGAAGGGGAGAGCAGCCAGGACGAGGCACAGGAUGAAGUGGAUGGAGAGGUCCCCAAGAAAAAGAAACAGAGGAGAGCAGCCACUGAAAAGCACAUACCAAGAAAGGAAGGCGAUGAGGGCUAUGAUCCAUACGACUUUGAUGAGAGUGAAGCAACAGCUAGUGAAGAUGAGUCUCAGCCUAAGAAAACCUCCAGAAAGAAGAAAGGGAAGGCAUCUCAAGAGGAGUCAAUGGACACUGAUGCCCCUCCAGCAAAGGGAACCGCUGAUAUUGAUGAGAAAAAGAUGAAAAACUUCAGAACGUCAUUGUUAAACCUCUUCAAAUCGGAGCAUGCCCAAUCUGUGUCACUUGAAAAGGUUAAAGGCCAAAUAUCCAAAGACUAUGGUGAUGAAUACUCUGAGGAUGAAAUAUUUGGAGCAAUCAACAAAAUGAUGGAAGCCAAUCAAGUCAUGCUGGCAGAUGAUGUCGUCUUCUUAAUCUGAUCUAAGACAAUACUUCUAAAAUCUAAUUAUUGGUUAAUUCAAACUAUGUUUCCUUCAGAUAUUUGUGGUAGUGCAAGAAAAAAAAAGUGCUGUGAUCUUUUACGUAGACUGUAAGGUACAUAAAUCAUUUUCUUUAUUUAAAAAAAAAUGAUAAAUAAUGUAACAGGAUUACUGCAGGGAUGCAUAAGAUGAGAAAACAUUUUCCAUAAAAAGUUAAUAUUUAUAUUUCUCCCUGAAUUUGAAAUAUAACAACUUUAAAAUAUGUACAGUACUCACCAAAAACAUACAUAUGUAAUUGCAUUUGAGAGGAUGGUAUUUCCUAUGUACAUGUAUUCUUGUAAUUCUGAAAUUGCACUGGUUUACCAAGUAAAAUAAUCUACACAUGUGACAUUCGAGAUCAGUUUAGAAAUGAUCAUUAAAAAUACCUAUUAUAAAUACCUAUUAUAAAUACCUGGUUUUGAAUUACAUUGAUGUGUAUGCAUGCAAUGUACAUGUUUUUGUACAAAGUAAAC